AAUUUGAGAGUCGGGGAGAGGGUAUCAUUAGCCUAAACGUAGAGCGGUGCAUGAGCACUGCAGAUGUUGAAAGCAACCAAGGACACAAGCAAAGACUUUUUAAAAUCAAAUCAUCUCUUGUCGACGCAUUUCACAUUUGUUUUCUGAAUUACGCAGCGGGACAUUUUACUAACAAGCGUAGGCCACGGCUCUGCGCUCCUGGUUCUCAAACAAAUCAAAGGGACAGCGCCAAAGGGAAGACUGCUUUAAUAGCCUAUUUGUUUUGCUGGGACUUGCAACUUGGUGAAUCGCUCUUGGAUAGACUACCUGUCUACAGAUUUGGAUAGCUUUUCAAAAGCUAUAACAAGUAGGAGUGAAUGGAUUCUCCUAGGUUCUGACUGGACAUACCCUAUCAGUGAACCGGUCCUUUAGACGACUUCUCCGAAUUGUGGGAGUUUUGUGGAGCGGGUUAUACGAUGGCUUCUCUUCCCCUAGUACUAUCUGCUUGGUUAGUUACGCUGCACCUUAGUAGCGCAUUUUUUUCGGGACCCUUGUUUCCAGAGAUGUCUAAUGGCACCUUCCAUCAUUACUUCGUUCCAGACGGCGAUUACGAGGAAAACGACGACCCGGAGAAGUGUCAGAUGCUUUUCAAAAUGACAGACGACAGAAAAUGCGGUCUGGAUGAGGACCAGGAUUCAGUCAUCCGUGAUGAUUUCACGAUUAUUAAGCGUCAUAUCGAGGACGCUGCCAGAGUUCUGGAGGGAAUUGGAAAGAGCAUCUCCUACGACCUGGACGGAGAGGACAGCUAUGGGAAGUAUUUAAGAAGAGAGACAACGCAGAUAUCCGAGGCAUUCACUAAUUCCGAGAAAUCACUGUUGGAACUUGAAGUGAAAUUCAAACAGAGUCAAGAAAACGAACUCAAGGAAGAGCAUCGCAUCAAUGACGACUUCUUGAACAUGAUCGUUCACACCAGGGACGUGUUGAAAGAGACUCUGGACAUUUCACUCGGGCUGAAAGACAAACAUGAGCUGCUGUCUCUUAUCAUCAGGAGUCACGGGACUAGGCUAAGCCGGCUGAAAAAUGAGUAUAUGAAAGUCUGAGCCAAACUGAGCUCAUACAUUUUGAAGGGAUUGCAUGCCCUAACAAAGGUGCCUUUUCUUAACUUUGCUAAAGCUGUUGAUAUUCAUUAAUUGUAACAUUAUUUAAUUGUAUAUCAUACACUUAAUAGCCUGCACAAGGUUAAGAAAUUACUUUGGAAUAUAAAUAAGGGUGAGAGUCUUUUUUAAUUGACCAGACCAUCUGAGUUAUUUUUGGGGAGUACAGAAUUAUGGCCAUUGCAUUGUAAUAUGGUCCAGGGAACUAGAUGGCCCAAACGAUCAAUGAUGUUAGACAUGCACUGAUUUAAUUACAAUUUUCAGUGAUCCAGAAACAACUAGCACUCCCUGUGAUUGAACAUAACAUUCAGUUUAUGAGACCUGUUAUAUUUUUCAUUUGCAUUGAGUUCAGUGUGGAACUAUUUAGGCAGGAUCAUAUUAGCACAUGCCAGAGAGGUGCAGAGCAAUCUAAACUAAAUGCCACAGAUGUUUACAGCAGGAAUAACAAGCAAACAUCUGGCACCUCUGCCCAUGAGAUCAGUGCCUGAGAGGUGCUAGCAAACGGCUACAUUGGGAUAUGUAUACUGCCAAAAAUUACCUUUAUUUAAUAAGGUAUUAUUAUUGGUGUUAUUUUAUAUUAAUAAUAAUAUUAGAUUAUUCAUUAUCAUAAAGGAGUUGAGGUUAUGUUGUUACCCAUCUCUAUCUUGUUUCAAAUCUUGUUAAUAAAUCCUGCCAAUUUAGGCCUGUGUGUCUCGUGAGGAUAUUGUGUCAUAAAUGUGCUUAUUGAAAUGUAAUACUGUGAGUGUAUAUUUUUAUGUGGGAUAAAAUAUAUUCUUGAUGCCAAAUUGUGCAUCAUUAUAGUAAAAUGUAUAUUCUUGUGAUGGUAUAAUGUUUUCGGGUUACUGAGAAAUCGUAUGACUGGGGUGACAAAUCCCAAGACCAACCAAGAUGACUGCGGGCAGGAAUAUUGGACUUCAAAUACUCAAAAGGUGUUUCUACAUUCCUGAGAGGUUGUCCUGUUAAUAUAAUAAAGUCUUCAAGCU